AUGCUUUUACAAAUCCACCAAGGAAAUGGCCAAUCAUCUCAGACCUUUGUUCAUAACAGCAAACUUGGGGGUGUUAAAGUAAUGGUAGAUGGGGGUGCAGCCAUUAAUCUUCUACCUCAUAGAUUGCUGGUUAAAAUAGGCAAAACAGAGAAGGAUCUAAUUCCAACAUGCCUAAUAGUCACCAACUUCGCUAGGGGCAUCACUAAGACUCAUGGAAUACUAGACUUAGAUGUCAAAGUAGGAACCAAGAAGCUGAAGAUUGCCUUUUUUGUGGUAGACAUCACCUCUACCACUUACAAUGCACUACUUGGUAGAGAUUGGAUCCACUAG